CAGGGGAUAGAAACUGAUCCCUUGGCCGCAGCUUUCAGACCAGACCGGGGGAAUGGGGGAGCCUUUUUCCCUACACUCUUUCUAAUCGAUAGAAUAUGCGCGACUGUUACACUGCAGACUCUGAAAAUGGAUAGAAAUGUUCUUUUCAUUAAGGCUUGCACGAAAUAAACACGCCUUUGAGUAACAGCACUUGCGCAAUGAGACCUCUUUUCUGGGUCUACAGAGCGCCUUUUCAGAAAUCUACCAAGAUUGGGGGAUCAAACUUUUUCUUCUGUCUGCUUUAAUGUAGGCCAAUAAAAUAGGCGAUUGCUUACAGGAUCCAUGCAAGUCCCAACUAUGAAUUAUUUUUAAAGUUUAAAGUAUGUUGUAACUCAAAAAAAUGCCAACAAAGGGGGAGAGGCUUCUUUCACAGGAACUCCUAUGUAGAUGGGAAUUGUCUAAGAAAACAAAGAAAGAAAAUGAAGCUUUUUUCAGAGUCACACAAAACAGUUUUUGUGGUGGAUCACUGCCCUUAUAUGGCAGAAUCCUGCAAACAGCAUGUGGAAUUUGAUAUGUUAAUAAAAAAUCGGACUCAAGGAAUCAUUCCGCUUGCACCUAUAUCAAGAUCACUAUGGACUUGUUCUGUAGAAUCUUCCAUGGAAUAUUGUAGAAUAAUGUAUGAUAUAUUUCCUUUUAAAAAACUGGUGAACUUCAUUGUAAGUGAUUCUGGAGCGAAUGUCUUAAACACUUGGAACCAAGAAGAUCAAAAUUUGCAGGAGUUAAUGGCAGCCUUAGCAGCUGUUGGACCUCCUAAUCCUCGUGCAGAUCCUGAAUGCUGCAGUAUACUUCAUGGUUUAGUUGCAGCAGUAGAAGCACUCUGUAAAAUUACUGAAUACCAGCAUGAGGCCCGAACCUUAUUAAUGGAGAAUGCUGACCGUGUUGGAAACAGAGGACGGAUAAUCUGUAUUACUAAUGCUAAGAGUGAUAGCCAUGUACGAAUGCUUGAGGAGUUUGUCCAGGAAACAAUACAUGAGCAUAACAAGCUAGCAGCUAACUCAGAUCAUCUUAUGCAGAUCCAGAAAUGUGAGCUGGUCCUAAUUCAUACUUACCCUGUUGGUGAAGAAAGCCUGGUGUCAGAUCAUCUUAAAAAAGAGCUCUCUCCUGUCUUAACCAGUGAAGUACAUAGUGUUCGGGCUGGACGGCAUCUGGCCACCAGACUGAAUGUUUUAGUACAGCAGCAUUUUGAUCUGGCUUCAACCACUAUAACUAACAUUCCUAUGAAGCCCACAUUCAAUGUCUGUGACCAGGAGGAACAGCAUGCCAACACAUCAGCCAAUUAUGAUGUUGAGCUGCUUCAUCACAAGGAAGCACAUGUAGACUUCUUAAAAAGUGGUGAUAAUCAUAUGGGUGGUAGUAGCAAAGAGGGCACAUUCAAAGAAACUGUAACUUUAAAAUGGUGCACUCCAAGAACAAACAGUGUUGAGCUGCAUUAUUGCACUGGAGCAUAUAGAAUAUCGCCUGUAGAUGUAAAUAGUCGACCUUCCUCUUGCCUUACUAAUUUUCUUCUUAAUGGUCGUUCUGUGCUGUUGGAACAACCACGGAAAUCUGGCUCUAAAGUAAUUAGUCAUAUGCUUAGUAGUCAUGGUGGAGAAAUAUUCCUACAUGUAUUAAGCAGCUCCCGAUCCAUCCUAGAAGAUCCUCCUUCAAUUAGUGAAGGAUGUGGUGGUAGAGUCACAGACUACAGGAUUACAGAUUUUGGUGAAUUUAUGAGAGAAAACAGGCUUACUCCUUUUCUAGAACCUAGAUACAAAGGUGAUGAAAACCUUGAGAUUCCUUUAGAACGAGCAAAAGAUCAGCUAGAGAAGCAUACUCGCUACUGGCCUAUGAUUAUCUCACAGACGACUAUAUUCAAUAUGCAAGCGGUAGUCCCAUUAGCAAGUGUUAUUGUGAAAGAAGCUUUGACAGAUGAAGAUGUGCUAAAUUGUCAAAAAACAAUAUACAAUUUAGUAGAUAUGGAAAGGAAAAAUGAUCCACUGCCAAUAUCAACAGUUGGAACAAGAGGAAAGGGUCCUAAAAGAGAUGAACAGUACAGGAUUAUGUGGAAUGAAUUGGAGACCCUUGUUAGAGCACACAUAGGCAACUCUGAUAAACAUCAACGUGUCUUGGAGUGUCUUCUGGCUUGCAGAAGCAAACCACCUGAAGAAGAGGAGCGCAAAAAACGAGGGAGGAAGAGAGAAGAAAAAGAGGACAAGUCAGAGAAAGCAGGGAAAGACUAUGAACCAGAAAAAUCCUGGCAGGAAUCAGAAAGACUAAAAGGUUUAUUAGAUCGUGAAAAAGAGGAACUUGGAGAAGCAGAAGUAAUAAAAGAUUCACCUGAUUCUCCUGAACCACCCAACAAAAAGCCGCUUGUUACAAUGGAUGAAAUGCCAACCAUUGAAAAAAGCAAAGGCCCAAUAUCUCUGCUGUCUUUAUGGAGCAACAGAAUUAAUACAGCAAAUUCUAGAAAGCAUCAAGAAUUUAUUGGUCGCUUGAACUCUGUAAACAAUAAAGUAGAACUGUAUCAACAUCUUAAAGAAGAAAAUGGAAUGGAGACAACAGAAAAUGGGAAAGCCAGCCGACAGUGAAUACUAAAUCUUAAGAACACGGUCAAGUUGAAUAAAUCUUUUUAUGCUUAAUUUGAUACUUGUAUCAAAUUGUACAGUUCAGUUGCUUUGAUUGGUUUUUACAGUUUUCUAAUUUGAGCCCUUUUCUAUGAAAAUGUAAAAUCUGAAUAUUACAUUAAAAGUGUAAAUCAUUUGCCCCCAAGCCCUUUUUAUUCUAGGAGCAAAUAAUACAUUUUACUUCCAACUAGUAAUAUCUUUAUAAAAUAAAAUUAAAAACAGCUA